GGUACAUGGCCAUAAUGAAUCCUCUGAAACCUCGCUUGGGAAGAAGAACCACUCUAUGUAUAGCAAUUGCCAUUUGGAUCGUGGGAGCUGUUUUAUCUCUUCCCAUGUUACUUUUCUUUACAACCUUUACACAUACCUUCACAAAUGGAGAAGUUCGAGUGAUAUGUUAUAGUCAAUGGCCGAAUGAAAGUGGUGAAUAUUUAUACAAUGUAGUUUUUAUGAUUCUUACGUACUUUUUACCAAUUGGUUCGAUGACUUUCACGUACGCAAGGGUUGGCUUGGAAUUGUGGGGCUCACAAAGUAUCGGGGAAGCUACCCAGAGACAAUUAGAUAAUAUAAAGAGUAAAAGAAGGGUUGUGAAAAUGAUGAUAGUCGUGGUGGUCAUCUUUGCGGUAUGUUGGUUACCAUUUCACAUGUACUUUAUAAUAACGUCAUAUCUUCCGGAAAUCACGACCGCUCCAUACGUUCAAGAGAUCUAUCUAGCCAUAUAUUGGUUGGCUAUGUCUAAUAGCAUGUACAAUCCUAUCAUUUAUUGUUGGAUGAAUUCAAGAUUUCGUCGUGGAUUCGCGCAAUUCUUCUCAUGGUGUCCAUGGGUGCAUGUAAUGCCGGAACCAACGCUGACGCGAUCGGAAGCAGUCACAUCGCGAUACAGCUGCGCCGGAAGUCCCGAUGCACACAUUAGGAUCUCACGGAACGGUACGUCCUGUUCGUCCUUGGAUCAUCCUUGCACAUCGACAUCCUCAACAUCUCCCAGGAGUGUGUCAUGCCUCGAGCUUGAUGUUCUGCUCGGUGAUAAUCGGCAAAAUGAACAGAGUGAAUUUGUAACGCGACCCGAAUGAAAUAACGACGAUAUUUUUUGACAAUCCCUGAAAAUCACCUGCACUUGAAAAAAAACCAUGAGUACUGUCAACAUCAUCAUCACCAUCAUCAACAUCGUCAACAAAAUUUAAUUUUUCUCAUCAAUCGACACUUCCAUUUAAACCAAAAAAAAAAAAAUUAAACGUAACGUACGAAUUCCUCGAUCUCGUGGCAGAAAAUGGAGAAACGCUCAUCAUCCAGGUCAUGUUUCCUGACAAUUAGAGGACUCAUCGCAAGAACAACGAGUUCACACUUGGAUAUAAUUUUUAAAAAAAGAAGAAAAAUUUACUAUAGCUAUAAUAUAUCUUUCACGCUGAUCGACUUCAUGUUCAAUAAUAAUAAUAAUAAUAAAAAGAAAAAGAAAAAUUUUUUCUAUAAUAAAGCUCGAGAAACAAUUUAUAUAGAAAUUAAUUGCGAAAAUCUAUAUAGUAUAUAUUUAUAAUCAACCUGCAA